AUGACUGGGGGAACUGGACACCGAACUCCCGAGUGGCCAGAACGCAAAGGCGAACAACAAUCGGAGGAGCACUGGCACCAUGAGCCUCUGGCUGUCAUCGUGGUGGCCACCUUCACUGCUGCUGCUGCUGCUGCUCGCCAGAGCAGCGCACACUGUGAGUACGCGCCCCUCCAGGACGCGGACCCGAGCGACCAGCCCGCGUUCCUCUACUGGGUCGGAGCUCUGCCCCGAUUGUGUGAUGUACUUCGUGUGCUGCAAGAGGAACGGGCCCAGUGUCUGCAGGAACUCUCCAAUGAGAAGGAAGGAGAUCUGGGCCUGGAGACAGUAUCAGCCAAUGCUUCCUUACCAUCUGCUUCUGCACACACAGUUUGGCAAGGUUGUGAGGGGCUGUGGGACAACAUGAGCUGCUGGCCCUCCUCGGCACUGGCACAGACGAUGGAAAUACAAUGUCCAAAGUUCCUCCAGAUGCUCACGGGCAGAAACGGGUCUCUGUUCAGGAACUGCACACAGGAUGGCUGGUCAGAAACUUUCCCCAGGCCUGACCUGGCUUGUGGGGUCAACAUGAAUGACUCCUCUAACGAGAAACGGCAUGCAUACCUGCUGAAGCUCAAGGUCAUGUACACUGUAGGCUACAGUUCCUCCUUGGCCAUGCUCCUGAUUGCCCUCAGCAUCCUGGUCUCUUUCCGGAGGCUGCACUGCACCCGCAACUACAUCCACAUGCACCUGUUUGUUUCCUUCAUCCUGCGUGCCCUGUCCAACUUCGUCAAGGAUGCUGUACUCUUCCCCUCAGAUGACGUCACCUACUGUGAUGCCCAUAGGGUGGGCUGCAAGCUGGUCAUGAUCUUCUUCCAGUACUGCAUCAUGGCCAACUAUGCGUGGCUGCUGGUAGAGGGCCUCUACCUUCACACACUCCUCGCCAUCUCCUUCUUCUCAGAAAGGAAGUGCCUGCAAGUGUUUGUGCUCCUCGGAUGGGGUUCUCCAGUCAUUUUUGUUGCUUCAUGGGCUAUCACCAGGCACUUUCUGGAAGACAUUGGAUGUUGGGACAUCAACUCCAACACUACCAUCUGGUGGCUCAUUCGAGGGCCUGUGAUUCUGUCCAUCCUGAUCAAUUUCAUCUUUUUUAUAAACAUUCUAAGAAUCCUGAUGAGAAAACUUAGAACCCAGGAAACAAGAGGAAAUGAAAUGAACCAGUAUAAGCGCCUGGCCAAGUCCACCCUCCUGCUGAUUCCCCUCUUCGGCAUCCAUUACAUUGUCUUCGCCUUCUCCCCAGAAGAUGCCAUGGAAGUCCAGCUGUUCUUUGAAUUGGCCCUGGGCUCCUUCCAGGGGCUGGUGGUAGCCAUCCUUUACUGCUUCCUCAAUGGUGAGGUGCAGCUGGAAGUUCAGAAAAAAUGGCGCCAGUGGCACCUCCAAGAGUUCCCGCUGCGCCCUGUGGCCCUCAGCAACUCCUUCAGCAAUGCCACCAGUGGUCCCACCCACAGCAGCAAGGCCAGCACCUCGGAGCAGAGCCGGAGCAUCCACAGGGCCAGUGUCAUCUGAGGCAGCAGCAAGGCUGGCACAGGACAAAAGUUGGACAUUCAGUAGGACAGUUAUCUUCCUAACAGCCAUUUUGUGU